UCUUCGGGAUUUUUACAUGGCGGCAGAGGAUCGGCAACAGUAAAGGGACAAUUGUAAAAGACUUUUCUGUCAAUCUUGCAAAGGUAGAUCUGGCAAACGAUUAAUACAUCUGCAGACCGCAUUUUAGAAGAGCUAUAGAUAUGGAUGACUACAGGAAGAGAUCACGCGAUGAUGAUGAAAAGACUCUUUUUGUCAAAAACUUGGCAGAAUCGGUAACUCAAGACACCUUGAGAGAUUUUUUCACUGAAUCCAUUGAAGUGCGAAUUCCUUCUCGCCCAGAUGGUGCUAACAAAGGAUUCGCAUAUGUUGUCUUCAAUGAUGAAGCCACCGUAGAACAGAUGUUGAAAGACCAUCAAGGUGAAGAUCUAGAAGGUUUGUCCUUAUAUUUGGACUAUGCUGGCAGUCGUGGAAGCAGAGCAAAGUCUGCGAGAUCUGACUAUGGUGGAGGAAAAAAAUAUGGUGGAGGCAGCGGUGAAAAGACUAAGGUUCUUUUUGUAAAGAAUUUGUCAUACAAUGCAACUGAGGAGGAUCUUCUAGAUGCAUUUGAAGGAUGUGAAUCUGCACGACUGAUCAGGUUUCCCGAUACCGGAAAACCAAGAGGCUUUGGUUUUGUGGAAUAUGCAUCACAAACAGAUGCAACUAAUGCAUUGAAAGAGAAGCAGGGAUAUGGCAUUGAUGGACGGGAGAUUUACAUAGAUUAUGCAUCUGAUAGACCAGGUGGUGACCAUAAAGGCAGUGGAUAUGGAAAUCGGGAUAACAGGAGAGGAGGCUACAGAGGAGGAAGUGGAAGUCGAGGAUAUGGAGGAGGAAGAGGUGGUGGUUACAGGGGAAGAGGACGUGGUGGUGGUGGCGGUAGGGAUUAUGGUAGCAGGGACUACGGCAGUCGGGACUACGGUAGUCGAGACUACGGCAGUCGGGACUACGGUAGCAAAUACUGAAUGAUGUCUCAUUUUGUUGAAGUGUCUAACUAUAUUAUAUAAAAAUGUGUAACAUUUAUUCUUGACAAGAACAUCCUUCAUUGGAUUUAAAUAUGAUCUUGUAAAAUUUCAUAGCAGAAACAUGCUGAAGUGUUACCGUAGUUUUAAUUUCCGAUAUAUUUGUACUGCAUACAUGAUUCAUGACUUUGAAAAUGUUGUCUCCUAUGGAACAAUAAUUUAAUAGUAUGAGUAUUGAUGACUGCAAAUACAAAUGGCAUUAUCAUCUUAAGUAUCAAAACCUGUGUUAAAUAGGAGAUAUUUCUGUCCCACAAUGGUUUGCUUUUGUCAGUGUUAGGAAAACUAGGAGAGAACCAUAGGGAUUACACUUAAAAAUCAACAUUUAAAGAUUAAUAGCUUGUUGCUUAAUGAAGAAAUUUUAAUUAUCUUCCAAAGAAUUAUGAACACAGUAAAGUAAGAUAUGGGAUGCAACAUUCUAAACUUUGAAUUCCACGAAUUCGUGUGGAGGUUACGUUUAUUAUCAUUGUUUUAUAUCAGUUUUUGAUCAUGCUCUAUUUUAAUAUGUUUGUUUCUCUCAAAGAGAAAAGUUUCGAUGGUGAUUUUAAAAAAAAAAAAAAAGGUAAAUUACUGGUCGUGAUCUUACAUAUCAUCUUUUACAGCUCUUUGUUGUAAUGUUAUAUAGUAAGGUGAGUGUAUGUAUUACUUUACUUAUAUACUUGCAUUUGUGCAUUGCUUGCUGCAAGACCAUUCGUUACAAUAAGGAAUUGUAAAAGUUUUGUAGGAAUUUAUGCGACCCUGUUUGUAUUGGUGUAUCAAGAUCAUGUCCCUAUUCUUACAGAUAUUGGAAGUUUCUACUUAUUUGAUAGAUUUAUAAGAUUUACACAUAUUGUGUUGUGUGGUGGAAUUCUUCAUUGUAAUUAUUCAUUGUAACAGAUUUUUUAACGUGUGGUAUUUUAACCUGUUUGUCAUAUUAUGCAUAAAUUUUGCUUAUCGUCAACCACAAGCAGCAAAUUUUCUUCCCUUUUUUUUCAUGCAUUCCUUAUAUCAUUUUGUCACAUUUUUCAUACUUCACUCGUAUUGAUUAUUUGUAAAUCACUUCUUUAAAAGUCCAUUGAUAAAUAAUAUCUUAAAAUGGCUAUUUCAUUUAAGGAGUUUUUUUGCUUCAAACACCGUUUGCUGUAAGUUUAAGUCGCGUAUUUGAUCAUUCUCCAAUUUUUUAUUCCUGAAGAAAAACAAACUAGCUGCCAAGUACUCAGCAACAGAAACAUCAUAAUUACAGACUUUGUGAUGUCAUGAAGAAGAGAAGAUAUUUGUGAUCAUUGUAAAUGUAAGGUGUACUACGUACAGUUGUUUAACAUGCAACAGAAUAAAUUUAUAUCAUGAAA